AAUUUUGGUCGCCCGUUUAAGUGGGAUUUGCCAAACCAGGUCAGUCUAGGCUUUUAGUAAAAUUACUUGGGAUUUAUUCGACAGUCAGUCGGGAUUUGAUGGGAGGAAUGCAUUAGGUCCUAACUCAGGAAUAUGGGUUGCAAGGUAUUUAUGCUCUUAUUAUUAUUAGUAUGUAUCUAAUUUUCUCAUUAUUUUAUCGCUAUGUAAGUUCGUCUUAUUUAUUCGCCUUCAUGCAAAAAUGAUCUAUGCAUAAAAUUCCACUCUUAUUCGCUUAUUUUAAUUGAGUCUUUUACUCUUUCAUUUAAAUUGGAUUUGAGCAUGCAUUGAUCCUACCCCUUUGUCUUCUCUAGAUGGCCGAUCACCCACCCAACCAUCGCGGAGAAGGCAUGGAUGACUUUGUGGCAGAGUUGGCUCGCAUGACACUGGUGGUGGGCUACCCCAAUGCGCCAGAGUAUUCGACUGUUCCACCGCUCAGUGGCGAGUUCCCUCACCGUGUUCGCCUGGAGGUUCAUGGCUAUGUGCAUACCUGCCUCGCUAACAUGGUGGUUGAGGCAUCCGGAGGCACAGCAGAUCACGCCUGUCAGGAGGCAGCAUACCUGAUGAUGGCCAGAUUACGGGAGCGCCACAACUACAUCUUCUGCAACACGGCGUACCGGUUUCACCCUCGUCAAGCAAGUGGCGACGACGUCAGCACCUUCCGUUCGACAGCCGGCGAGAACGACACCACCUUUGGUCAUAUGUGUGCCGUGAUGAGGGGAAUGGACAGGAUGCACUCGGAUCUGCGCAAGGCAUCCAGGGCCUUGAAUGACGGGAAGCUCGUGAGGAUCAUAGCUCUGAAGGAUGAGAUCGCACGCCUGAAGAAGGAUGAGAUCGCACGCCUAAAGAAGGAGAAUGCUCAGUUGAAGAAUCCGCAACACGCCCCGCAAGUCGACGACGGCACCCGUGCGCAUUCAGCUUGCGCCCAGGAACCCACCUCCGCCCGCAGUUCCCGCAGCUCCUGCAGCUCCAGCUCCAGUCCCAGCUCCUGUCCCAGUGUCAGCUCCCGCGUCCGCUCUCUCCUUCGCUCCAGCAUUAGCCGCCAGGGGUCCAGCCAGUGGCAACGGGGGUUGGUUGCCUGCUACUCCCAGUGGCAGCCGCGACCACAGCAGCAGCAGUUCCAGUGGCUCGGAGCCGGGCAGCGGCGAGAUGUAUCUGCCAAACUCCAGGAGCCGCUCAGAGGGACGUGGUGACGAGCAGGAGGACGCCCUCGACUCCACCGACCGCAGGAGCCGUUCCGAGUAUUAGGCUCGCUUUCCCUUAGUUUAUCGACUGCUUAGUUUUUGUCUGCUAGUUUGUGUGUUUAGGUCUGUUCGCUUGGGGGUCAGUCGAUGGUCAAUAUCAUGUGCCUAUGAUAUGGCUGUCAUAAUAAGGAUUUGCCUGCUGUUUUAAGUAUUUUAAUUCAGAUCAGAACAAUUGCAGUUUAAAUUCCUAUAUAAUAAAGCUUAGUUCCUGAGCA